GCUCCGCCCACCGCACCACCCGACCCGGACUCCUGACCUCUGACCCCGCGACCCCACGCCCGACCAUGACGUCCCCCGCGCCCGCCACCAUCGUGCUCGACCCCUCGGGGGCGGCGCCGCUGUGCCCGGCCCUGGGCCUCUACCUCAAGCCCAUCGCGCGGGUCUCCAUCUCGGUGUCGCUGCCGCCAUUGCCGUCAUCGCCGACGUCAUCGCCGACGUCAUCACGGGGCCGCGCGGUGUCCAACUGGGAGGUGAUGGAGCGGCUGAAGGCCAUGGCGGCCGGGGCGGGGCCGGCGACGUCACUUCCGGGGGCGGUGACGUCACUUCCGGCCUCGCCCUUCGCCGCCCUGCGCCUGGCCCGCAGCUCCCAGCAGGCCGUGCGCUUCGAGGGCGAGCUGGAGCACCGCGGCCUGGUCCCCGCCUGCCUGGCCCGGCUGGACGGCCGCGCCAUCAAGCUCAGCGGGGUGGCCCAGGCCCUGCGCGUGCGCGCCGCCGAGGCCCCGCCCCCGGCCCCGCCCACACCCCGGACCGCCGGAAGUGACCAACCCGGAAGCGGAAGUGAACCCGGAAGUGACGGCGAGCCCUACGACACCAUCCACCUCCAGGGCCUGCCCUGCCGCUGGUUCGCCCCGCGCGGCGCCCAUCCUGGGGUCGCGAACCCGACCCGGGGUCACGGAGGUCAACCAUCCGGGGCCCCAUCCGGGGUUUCAUCCAAUUCCGGGGUCAUCGGCGGGGUCACGAACCCGCGGGGUCAUGGCGCCCAGGCCUCCCCGGCCCCCAAUCCGGCCAAAACUGGAUCCGGAUCGACCAAUCCCGGCGCAGUUCCUGGAGCUUCUGGUGACGUCAUCCCCUGUGACGUCAUCUCCGGUGACGUCAUCACCCGUGACGUCAUCGCCCGUGACGUCAUCACCCGUGAUGAUGUCAUCACCCAUGAUGACGCCGUCGGCCCCGGUGUCCAUGAGGCCGGCGGUGGCGGCGGCGACGUCGACCCCGGUGUCCAUGAUGACGGCGCCGACCCCGCCAUGACCCCGACCCCGGGCUCUGGGGUCGCCGCUGGGGUCACACUGGGGUCAGGGGUCACCGCGGCGGGGUCGGGGGUCGCGUCCGAGCGCCCCAGCGAGGCGAUCCUGCGCCAGGCCUUCGGGGCGUUCGGCGCCAUCCGGCGCGUGGACAUCCCCAUGCUGGACCCCUACCGCGGGGAGACGACGGGGUCGGCGGGGUCAGGGGUCACCGGGGUCACCGGGGUCACCGUGGGGUCGGGGGUCGCCGGGGUCGCGGGGCCCCUGGGGUUCGGGCCGGGCGGCCCGCUGCUGUUCGAGGCCUUCGUGCAGUUCCGGGACCCCGCGGGGUGCGCGCGCGCCAUGGCCGCCCUGCGCGGGGUGAAGCUGAUGCUGCGCGGCGAGGACGGCAAGGCCGCGGCCUGCAACUUCAAGGUGACCCUUGACGCCACCCGGCACCUGAGCGACGCCGCCAUCCGGCGCCGGCAGCUGGAGCGGCAGAAGCUGCGGGAGCUCGAGCUGCAGCGCGAGGAGCAGAAGCGGCGGGAGCGGGAGGCCGAGGCGCGGGCGCGGGCCGAGGAGCGGUGA